AUGGAUGAUGAAGUCAAUGUAACAUAUAUAACUUUCGAUGGACAUAUGGAAGUGCAGAAAUACAGAUAUGUGUAUUUUGUGGUCAUGUUUGCAAUAUAUAUUAUAAUAAUCUUUUGGAAUUCCACUAUUGUGUAUCUUAUUGUGAUUCAUGAAAACCUCCAUGAGCCGAUGUACAUUUUCAUUGCAGCUUUGUUAAUCAACUCUAUACUUUCCAGCACAACAAUCUACCCGAAGCUUUUGAUCGACUUCUUAUCUGAAAAACAGAUCACGACUUUCCCACGUUGUCUCUUUCAAUCUGCUGUGUAUUACACUCUGGCCUCUUCAGAGUUUCUAUUGUUGUCGGCCAUGGCUUAUGACAGGUAUGUGUCCAUAUGUAAACCUCUGCAAUAUCCAACAAUCAUGAGGAAGACAACUGUAAAAGUCUUUCUCUUCACAGCUUGGUUUGUUCCUGUUUGUGAACUUGGAAUAUCAGUUGUGUUGUACGUUAAUGUAAAGAUCUGUCACGAUAGUCUGAAAGGCCUCUUCUGCAACACCUCUAUUUUCACACUUCAAUGUGUGCCCUCAAUGGCACUGUCCAUUUAUGGAGUGUUUCUGUUGCUGAAUAUUGUUCUUCUCCCUAUGCUCUUCAUACUUUUUACAUACAUCAGGAUACUCAUCAUCACUUACAGAAGUUUUAAAACAAUAAGGAGAAAAGCUCUACGGACCUGUUUACCUCACCUGCUGGUUCUAAUCAACCUUUCCUGUUUUACUGCGUAUGACGUCAUUGUAGUUCGACUGGAAUCAGAUAUACCAAAACUUGCCCGUUUGAUAUUGACAUUACAAAUAAUGGUGUAUCAUCCUCUCCUUAAUCCAUUUAUAUACGGACUGAAAAUGAAAGAAAUCUCCAAACACCUCAAACAUUUGUUGUUCCAGGUCGAAUCACAUUAA